AUGGCGCGACGGUACGAGAUCGAUGAGCUGAUAUGGCUCCGCGGCUCGCCCCUCGUCGCAAAGCCUCCUGGCCUGCCUCCAAUUGAAGAGUGGAUGCCUCAACCUGACCCAACAACCGCACAACGAAAAACCCAUGGCACCCGUGAUGCUAACAAUCCGACUGAAACUGGUACGGGCAGAAGACCUAGCUUUUUUGAAGCCAAACAUAUCUCUCGGGGGUCUAAUUCUGGUAUUAUUUAUCUCCCCCUCCCGUCGAUCAUCAAGUGUCCUGAUCGAUCUCCAAUGGAGGGACUUGCUAAUUUGGAUUCCGUCAUUUUUAGAGGACAUCGUACUCGGCCCCCGAAAACCGCUUUCGCCUCAUCUCGUAUUGGCGGCAAAGGCUCGUUCGACCUGACGGACCGACCAGCGGCGCAGCCCAAUAAUUCGGAUGAAACGAAGAUCGAGCGAUUCAAUUUCAGAGACAGGUUUCUUAAGGACCGGGAUGUCCCGGAUAAAGAGUUGGAUCGACGGGAGGUCAAGCCAGCACCACUGAGUGCCCGGCGUGGUGAGAGAGAAGACUGGAAUGCCGGGCGCCCACGUCGCACAUUCGGCGCGGAUGAGCAGGAGCGCAAGCCCAGAAGAAACGGCGAGUUCGAUAGAUGGGAAAACAAAGAAGGACCCCGCGAUCCGAAUGCUGAACGGGUUCCCCGUGACAAAGAUGGCCGAUUCCCCACUCGGAAAGAAGGACAGCCCCCACGAUCUAAAUAUGAAGGAAGCUGGUUCCGCGAUGAACAGGCUCAAGAGGGCGCGAGUGCGGGCGCGAGUGCAGGCGCUGAUGCUGAUGACGAUAAACCGCCGUUGCGCAACCGAGAAUGGCGCCAAAACCAGACCCGACACGGCACCGAGCGUGAGUGGAACCGCGGCGCCAAAUUUGAACAAGACCCUGAAUGGCUGGAUGCCAAUGACCGAGAUGAACCGCGACGAGCACACACCCAGGAGGACUUUGAGCGCUGGAAAGAACGUAUGAAGGCCGGAUCUGGAUCAUCCGCACAAACCCCGGCACAUGCUGAGGAGAAGAGAGAAGCACACGUUGAAGAGCAAAAGCCAGAGACCCGCCGUACCGAUGGUGAGAUCUUCAGCAAUUCCGGUGCUCAGUUCAUGUCCGACGAUUCAAUGGAACGAUUCUUUGGGCUCCUGGGUGAUUCGAAGGCUCAGCCUCAGACCCCAGAAGUCAGUACUCCUAUCGCUGCCGACCCAGUCGCCAAAAAGGAACCCUCCCCCUUUCCCGGAAAACCCGGAAAAUCAUCUCGUUUUGCUGGUCUCUUUAGCCCCAUGCCAGAGAGCCCUGCCAGAGAGCCCGAGCCGAUGCCUUAUUUCAAUGCCCCACCACAGCCCCACCCCCAGCAUUAUCAACAGCCCCCCAGCCGGCGCCUGAGACGCAUUCUGCAAAUGCUUGGUGGACAACGCUCGGAGAAUGCUACGCCUCACGAGAUGGGUAUGCCCCAGCAGCAACGGACGAUGUCCAUGAUGCACGCCGAACAGCAACAUGCUGCACUAUCUCUGUCAUCUCCUUCUAGGGAACACCCUCACCGAUCUGAUUACAUGGGGCCUGGCCCCGAGAAUCCCAUGGCCCAAGUUGGCCCUAAGGAGUCCCAGUCGCUGGAGAGAGCGCACUUGCUUCGUUUGAUGCAGCAAGUCCGAGUCGGUCCACCACCUGCGGGUCAUCUAUCCCAACAGUCUCCCAACCAGGGUAUUGCCCCUCCUCCCGGUCUGAUGCCAGAAGGCAUGCCACGUCCUCCGCCAGGUCUUUCUGCCCAAAAUACGCCUACUUUCCUCGAUGACCCGGCAAUUGCGAACAUGCAGCGACCAGACCCCGAGCACCUCCGCCGACGACCUGCAAAUGGUCCGCCUAUGGGAUUCUUUGACGAUAUGCCGUUCCCUCAGGGUAAUCAAGGGCCGAUGACCCCAGGUGGUUCUAUUACUUCUGGUGGCUCACGUCCUCAAGGUGCGAACCAGCCUCCCAUGCCACUUCAGCGACCCCCGGGUCUCGAGCAUCUGCCACCUCCUGGAUGGACUGGCCAGCCUGUCCCGCAGCAGGGAAAUGUACCAAGCCCUAUGGGCCCUCCUCCUGGAAUAUCUACUCCGGGCCGCGGCAUGAACCCUAACUUCCCCCCUGGCAUGCUUCCCAUGCCCGGCAAUGCGCCUCCAAUGAAUGAGCGCCAAGGCUUCCCUCGUGGCCUGCCUCCAGGCAUGAUGCCACCUCCGGGUUAUAUGAAUGGCCCUCCCCCAGGCUUCCCUCCCAUGCCGCCAAAUCCCGAGGCUAUGAUGGGACUUGGCCCCGGUGCUCAGGGUCCCUUUGGGCCUGGAAACCCUGGCCCACAAGGCCCUCCCCCUUCGUCUAGACACCUCCUGGAGAUGUUCGGCCAAUCCAACGGCGGUGACGUCCGUGGUGGCAUGGUCGGUCCCGGCCAGUUCAGAUAA